AUGGCGGCCUCCGUGCUGCGCUCCGCCUGCGGCCCGGUGCGGCUCGGCGUUGCUUGCCUGUGCCGCCGCCGACCGCCCCGGAGCCUGUGGGCGCGAGCCCGGCGGCUCCCGGGGCUCGUGGGGUCGGCGCGGAGCGUGGCCGCGGCCAGCGGAGCGGGCGCCUUGGGCUCCGACCGCUACUGCAUGGAGCUGCUGCGGAAACGAGAUUAUGAAGGCUAUUUAUGCUCCCUGCUGCUCCCUGCACAAUCCAGAAGCUCUGCUUUUGCACUGAGGGCCUUCAAUGUGGAACUGGCUCAGGUUAAGGACUCUGUCUCUGAGAAAACAAUUGGAUUGAUGAGAAUGGAGUUUUGGAAAAAAACAGUGGAUGACAUAUACCGUGACAACCCACCCCAGCAGCCUGUGGCCCUCGAGCUAUGGAAGGCUGUCAAAAGACAUAAUCUGACCAAAAGAUGGCUUAUGAAAAUCAUUGAUGAAAGAGAAAAAAAUUUGGAUGACAGAGCAUAUCGUAAUAUCCAGGAAUUGGAAAAUUACGCUGAAAACACACAGAGCGCUCUUCUUUACUUAACACUAGAAAUAUUGGGUGUAAAGGACCUUCAUGCAGACCAUGCCGCGAGUCACAUUGGAAAAGCCCAGGGCAUUGUGACUUGCUUGAGAGCAACGCCCUAUCAUGGAAGCAGAAGAAGGGUGUUCCUUCCCAUGGAUAUUUGUAUGCUGCAUGGUGUUUCCCAAGAGGAUUUUCUACGGAAGAACCAAGAUAAAAAUGUGAGAGAUGUGAUAUAUGACAUUGCCAGUCAGGCACACUUGCACCUGAAGCAUGCUAGGUCCUUCCACAAAAGUGUUCCUGUGAAAGCAUUUCCUGCUUUUCUUCAGACGGUUGCCCUGGAGGACUACUUAAAGAAAAUUCAGCGGGUGGAUUUUGACAUAUUCCACCCAUCUUUACAGCAGAAGAAUACGUUACUUCCAUUAUCAUUGUAUAUUCAGUCAUGGAGAAACAGAUAUUAAAAUAAUUUUAUGGCACUGUUCUUUAGUUUUUUUAAUUUUACAGAAGUAUACUGGUUAAGUAUACUGGUUAGGGUCCUUGUUUGCAAACAACAGGAACUGACUGUUUACAUGACGAGAAAGCGGAUUUUCAGGUUGGCUGUACGUAGUUCACAGACCAAUGAAACGUUGCUGGGGGGCGAGGGCACCUCGAUGCUGCUCAGAUCCUGCCAGGGGCACCACCUCUGUCCCCAGCAGCCCAGACCCAUUGUGAUGCGCGCUCUCUGUCAAGUCGGAGUCCCGGAGGGCCUGUGGUUUUAGCUGCACUGAGCCUGCAGGCUGCCCUUCAGCCACCAGGGGGCAGGAAGCAGGCCCGCCUCCUCCCUUCCUCCCCCUUGGAGGCCGGCUGGGAGCUCAGGUGACCAUCGUCUGCCUGUGGAACAGCCACACUCAGCGGGCCAGUCCAGCUAGGAAAUACCUUUCCUUCGGGGUCACGGAGAGUGAAGUGAAUAUUGAAGAAUGUCAGUCACUAUGUUAAUGGCUUCAUAUCCCAAACAUUUCAUCUUUACAACUCUGCAAAUUUACCCGUGAUGAGAAAAUAACUUCCUUAAGGUAAGCUCGAUGGCUGUCCAGAGCUAGAACCUUAAUUUGACUUUAGGUCUGGCUGACUUGAAAGCUUUUGUUUUGUUAACCCUGCUGCGUUACUGUCUGUCCUUGGGCGUUAUCAUGAUUGUGACCGAAACGGUAUUAACAAAAUCUGUACUAAUGUAAAGUAUAUUACCGAAAUUGUAUUGAGCAUUCACAAAGGGGAUACUAUGCGGUGCCUGGGUGGCUCAGUCGGUUAAGCGUCU